UUCCUUUUUGUCCUCUCGUUUCCACUCCUUUCGUCUUCUCUACGUCUCCUUUUCUUAACCCUAAAUCUCGGGUGGAGGUACGAGACCGAAAAGGGUACACAGAUCCCUCCCAUCCCCUCCCUUUCGUGCUCCCGAAGCCGUAGCAAAAAAUCUUAUAAAGUCCAGAGUUCAGGUCAAAAUGGCAAGUUCCGAGGUCUUGAAUGAUAAAAUUGGGUAUACCAGUUGCUAAAGACUUGCUAUGAAGACGCCAUUUUUAAGGGAAUGGUCACAUUGAUGAUGACUCAGCAUUAUAUGAAAAUUUGUUUCUUGAUUGGGAUUCCUACUUGGUUGAGCUUUCUGACGGGUUGAGUAUCUUAAGAAUGGUGAAUGAUUCAGUCAUUUAAGGGAAUGAUUAAUGCCAUAUCUGAGGAGGCAACUGAAUAAAUUGCUCUGAAACAAGCAGAGAUUGUGGUUUUAAAUGAGAAGCUGCAGACUUGUAAGUUUGCUGUAGGUCUAGAUCAAACUUUAGAGUGGUGAUGAAGAAUUUGCUGAUGAUGGAGGCAGUAGUCGAUGACAGACGAUCGGAUUUACGUAAGAGCUGUUUAAGUGUUAAUGGAGAUUGCAAAUAUGAUGAUAACGUAAAUAGGUUAAAGAUUAUGGUGGAAAAUCAGAUACAAUGCCUGAAGAUGGAUCUUCAACAACUAAAGGGCUCAGAAAUGGUGAGUAGAGAGGAUCUUGGUCAGUGCAACAUUCCUCAUGGAGCAAAAACUAUUGAAAAUUUUCUAGAAGUAGAUCAAAAAGUCGAUGUUUUGAAAGACAUUUUAGCUGUAGGAUUCAAGCAAAUUAGUGCUGCAAUCUUCUCAAAGGAAAAUAUGUUAAGUGAACUUCAAUGGGAGCACGAGCUUCAAGGAGAAAUUAGUUCUAUUGUGCUUCAGGAUUCUGUUAAACGUCUCCAGGAUGAAUACGAGACUAUGUUGUAUCACCAAACUCUUUAUAUUAAGUAUUUAAAUAAAAACUGGAAGAAAAAAGCUUCUGAGUUCAGUGCACUGCGUGAUGAACUCCAUGCUUUAUCUGAUGAGGUGAGUAAUCAUGAAAAUUUUGAAGAUUGGAGCAUUGCAAAAAGGAAGGAACAUUUUCCUCUGAAGGUAUUAGAAAAUCACAAUUUUCCAUCUCAAUCUGUGGAAAAUGGUACAAUGAUGGUGGGAACAUCUGCAGACUCUGGAGAACAUAUGUUGGAUAUUGCUGAUCUUCCCCAAUUGAAGCACAUGACCAAGGAGGAACUGCUAGCUUAUUGUAAAACUGAAAUGGCCAACAUGAGGAGAAGACAUGAUUCAGCAUUGCAAGAGAAGACAGAGGAAUUAUUCAGGCUCAAGAGAGAGUUCCUCAAGGAAAAGGGUUCCUCAACUUUUAGGAAAGAUAAGGAGUGUGAACAUUUAAGGAAAAAGUUACCGGAAUUUAUUAUUAAAUUGGAUGAGAUUCUUGUCGUGAGAGAUAUGUUUCAUCCAAUCUAUAAGUAUGAUGAUGAGAUGCAGAGCUUUAAGUUGAGGAUUGAUUCCCUGUUUUCUGAAAAUAAGCACCUCCAGAAUUUGCUUAUUAGGAAGACAAAUGAACUAAAGUUUCUGUCAGCACAGUUCUCGGAUGCAGUUAGCCAGAUCUCACUCAAUUCAUCUCUGGAGGCAAAGUACUUGAGACAAGUAAAAAAACUGGAAAGUGAUAUUGAAGUUGGAAGGGCAGAAGCUAACUUUAGAGAUGCAAUAUGUAAUACUAUUUUAAGAGGAUUGAUUGAUGACCAUAGACAUGCAAUGCUAGAUACUGAGAUUGAGGUCAAAUUUUUCAUAAAGAUCUAUAGCACUAUGUUCAGAGGGGUGAUUUAUGAUGCUAUAUCUAGUAUGAAUCCUGCAAUCUUAAAAUGUUAUGAAGAAAAGAUUUCUCUCGAAGCACUGGUUGUAGAGAAGGAGAAGGCAUUAACGUCAGAAAUUGAAGAGAACCAGAAGUUGAAGAAGGUUAUAGCAUCAAUUUUAUCAUCAAUAGAAGAAAAGGAAAAGUUAGCUUCAGAAGUUGCAUCCACAUUAAUUCAACAAAAGCAGCAGCUUGAUGUUGCUCAUCAGGAACUUAACACGCUCAGAGAUCAAAUAAGCAUUCAAGAAGCACAGAUUUCAGAUAAUAAAAUGGAAUCAAAUUUAUUGAGGAGCAGAUUCAAUGGGACCUUACAGAAAAUUUAUCAUUAUGAAUUGGAGAUGGAUAAACUUCAAGAGAAACUCAAAGUUGCAUCAGAUGCAUUAAGGGAAGCAGAAAAGCAGAAACUCAUGCUUCUUGGUGUUAUCGAGGAUAGGCAGAGGACACUAUCAUCAUCCUUCGACAAGGACAAAGAGCAAGUAAAGCAGUUGAAGUCUAUCACUGUUUCUAUGAUGGAAUUAUCUAAAUGUUUUACAGAUUUAGGUAGUCAGUUGAUGGAGAGCACUAAUAGAAAUGAAUCUAGGUUGAAGGUCUUGAGUCAUCAGUUGAAUUCACUGGUGCAACUGGCUAGCCAAAAGAAGAAGAAGUGUUUCUGGUACAAAAAUAUGCUUGAUGUCAGAUGCUCUGACCUGCAGAAGGCUGAAGCCGAGGUUGAUCUUCUUGGUGAUGAGGUUGAGGCUCUUGUUGGGCUUCUUGGAAAGAUAUACUUAGCACUUGAUCAUUACUCUCCAGUAUUGCAACACUAUCCAGGAGUAGUGGAGAUCCUAAAAUUGGUUCAAAGAGAACUAAUUGGUGAAAACGAUCAUAAUUCUUUGUAACCACCAGUUUUCAACAAGAUGUCUGUGUGCCAUUGAAGUGUACAUGUGGUUAGCUUGAAGCACUCAUUGCCUCGAAAAAAAUUAGAACAGCCAAAGAUGAAGCUGAGGGACUCAGUUGACUCCUGGUGGUUGCUUUGACCAAUGUUUUUUGUCUCGGAGCAUCUUCAGGUGUUUUCAUCAUGAUUAUUAUCUUGAUCUUCCGCAAAUAUUGCAAAGAAAAGGAGACACUGCUGAUUGGUUGCCUUCCACCUGUAAGUUGAUACACUUGGAACGCACAGUGCAAGCUCAACAAGGUAGAAUGUAUAUAUGGUAGCACGUAGUCUCUGCUCUUUGAUGCAAGUAUUGCUUGUUCGCGUCAACCACAUAUGUAAACAGAUAGUGACUAACUCAUCUUUAGUUGUCCAUCUUCCCAUAGUUUCUUCAGUGGAGUAAUAUGCUGUGAAAGCUUAGUUUUUGUAUCUGAUAACAGUACAUGGAAAAUAGUAAAUAUGAGGUGAUGGCUGGCCGAAAAUACAAGGUCAUUGUGUCGUAGUCUUUAGUUCAAUUUAUUGCAUCAAGAAUGUAUUAUUAUUUUUUAUGGUGACAAAUAAUUCGGCAACAGUCAACAAAUAGCGUUGCAAUUGAUUAUCUUGUGCUGCAUUUUGUAGUCGUAACAUGUAAAGAUUCAGAAUUGAUCUGAACUAUGAUCAAAGCUUCUGUUGUGUGUA